CAAGAACAGGGGAAUCCCUGGUAUGUGCAAAAUAGAUUGAAGUAAUGCUACAGCAGCAGAGCACAGAAAUAUUUUUGUUGGGUGUGUAUGAAAUGAAAGAGCAGUAGCUCUAUUCUGUAGAUCAGACUCGUAUGUUUCAAUAUAUUUUAUUAUUUUUAAAAUUUGCAGCAAAUUUUCACAUACUUCUGUUUCUAUUUCUUCUCUGUUUUUCUCUUUUUCUCCUCUACCUCAUCCCUUCAUCAGGAAUACUUCUCUUUUUUUCUCUGUUUUUCUCUUUUUCUCCUCUCUCCUCACACCAUUCAGUUAUAAAAGGAAAUCUGAAUCCCAGACUUUUUAAAUUAGCUCGAUUAUUUCCUUCAAGAGAUUAAAAAAAACUUUGAGAAGCAAAAACCUUGAGGCUACACAAUGGCGAUUGUGGUGAUGCGAGUAGGUAUGUAUUGCGGUUGCUGCGAACGAAAAGUUCGGAAGACUCUCUCUCAACUCCAAGGUGUAGACAACGUGGAGAUCGACAUGGCAAGGCAGAAAGUUACAGUAACUGGGCAUGUCGAUUGUGAAAAGGUUUUAGACGCUGUGAGACAAUGUGGGAGAAAGCCAAAGCUGUCGCAUUAUUCUGAUGAUGUUGAGUGUACUUGUUAUACUGAUCCUAAUCAUGAAACACAAACGUUUGAUUCCACUUACAAUUACAGUGAGCAUGGUUACAAUGGUAGCAGUCACGGCUAUUAUCAUGUUGUUCACUGCUGUUGCUGUGCAGUUGUACACAAAUUUACAUAUUAUUUCAGCGAUGAAAAUACGCACGCCUGUAGUAUAAUGUAAUGUCAUUCACUUAUUGUACACAGAAUUUCCCAGUUCAGGAAACUUUUACAUUUGCAGAGAUUCUUUUUGUCUUAAUCGCGAAGGAACUCAGGAAAUGCAUCAUUGAAUGAAGACAUGAGAAAGUCUAAUACAAAAUCACAAGUCAU